CUGUGCGAAGCGGAGGAGGCGGGGAGAGAGGCAGGCUAGAGGCGGCAGGAAGCCGGCAGCGGCCGCGCUGAGCUCUUGCUGCAACCGCGGGAGGAGCAGCAGCCGGAGGAGCCCGGGCUGCCGCAGUCGCCGCCACCGCCGCCGCUGCCGCCGCCGCUGCGCGGGGCCGAGGGCGCCGGGCUCCCGUCCGUGCUCUGCGCCCGGCUGGCUGGGCUGCAGCGGGCCCGCCGCCGGGUAGAUGACGUGGACCAGCAGCAUGAGCAGUGGUUACAGCAGCCUGGAGGAGGACACGGAGGACUUCUUCUUCACCGCCAGGACCUCCUUCUUUCGAAGACCCCCGCAGGGCAAGCUCCGCGCCGGGCACCAAGAUGUGGAGAAAGAGAAGGAAACCCACAAUUAUCUCAGCAAAGAGGAAAUCAAAGAGAAGGUUCACAACUACAAUUUAGCUGUUACUGACAAAUUGAAGAUGACCUUGAAUUCCAAUGGGAUUUACACUGGUUUCAUCAAAGUCCAAAUGGAACUAUGCAGACCCGUCACUACAUGGACUUCUCAGAACCCUGAAAAACAUGCUUCCAACAAUAAUGGCUGCAUGAAUACUCUUCACAUCAGCAGCACCAACACCGUCCGGGAAGUUAUUGAAGCCCUGCUCAAAAAAUUCCUAGUUUCUGAAAGCCCAGCCAAGUUUGCCCUUUAUAAGCGCUGUCACAGAGAAGACCAAGUUUAUGCGUGUAAGCUCUCAGACCGAGAACAUCCCCUUUAUCUGCGUUUGGUAGCAGGGCCAAGGACGGAAACACUGAGCUUUGUUCUGCGUGAGCACGAAACAGGAGAGUGGGAAGCGUUCAGUGUCCCCGAGCUCCAGAACUUCUUGCGGAUUCUGGACAAGGAGGAAGACGAGCAGCUGCAGAACAUUAAGCGGCGCUACUCCGCUUACCGACACAAACUUGAAGAAGCCCUCCAGGAAACAUGGAAGCUGGAUUAAGCCCCAACCUCUCAGGAAUAGUGCAGGCUACUCAAACAAACAGAUACACAAAAACAAAAGAACCCACAAAGUGGAUGUGGCCCGCCGGGGCAGCGGCAGGCACUCUCUUUAUCAGGCAGGCUGGCUUCCAGUCUGGCCACGACAGGGUACCUCUCCCCCAUUUCUUGGCUCUGUUCCCCUUCAGCAUCCGGCCCCCAGAUACUGUUGAAGGGACCCCACAGGCUCUCCAUGUUCUGCCAUUGCAGAAUCCUCUGUGGGCUGGCUGGGAACCGGAGACAGGCAGCUAUCAGGACUCUAGGAUGCUCUGAAGGAUGAAGGAUAGAGUGUGUUACUCCUUCCACCCCCACCCCCAACCCCCCAAUUUAUGGCUUUUAGCCCCAAGAAUCUACAGCUUGUUUUUAUUUUUGUUUUUUUAAGGCUGAAAGAAGAAUCCAAUCUGAAGAGGUUGAAGCGUUGAGCUCUACUGUUCUUCCUUUUGUUAAACAGUCUAUAAUGUUGCAUGAAAACAGCCAGGGAUGAUGGAAGGCUUAAGGAAGUGAGGAAUUUUGGAAGGCUUUUGGAUGGAGCAGACCUAAGGAAAGAAAAGAGUAAGUCAGAAAAGUCAAGAGCAGGGGAAGACUGAUGGGAGCCAAUGUGUUGGCCAAUGGCGGAAUUGUGAAUUAUUGGGCUGUUAUAGAUAAGAAGGAAAUGGAAUUUUCUUGUAACUUGCUUUUAAAAACAGUACAGUUUUAGGGUGUAAGAUGUUAUAGGUAUAAGAUGACUUGACUUCUUUGGGGAAAGGGAGAUUUGAGAGAGCAGCUAAUGUGAGGGAGCCAAAAUAGAGCCAGGGAACUCCUGAGGUUGCCACGUUUCUUCUUAUAAAGCUGGUUUUUGGUGAAGCAGAGCAGUGGUGUGGAAUGGUAGGUCUAUGAGGAAAUAGAAAUAAGAGACCUAACCUGACCAGCUCCCAAGGGAUUGGCCAGACCUAAUGGUGUCCUCUUAGCAUUUUAGAGACCAAGGAGUCCUAUAUUGCCCUUGUGUGGCUUUUUUAGGUGAAGUUGUUUCUCAGGCAGAUCUCUCUUUGUCCUUAGCAGAAAAUGAGCUAUUUCACCUGGCUUCUCAGGAAAGAAAUAGGUCAGAAGGAGCCUCUGAUCCUUAUUUUCUAGGCUUAUGAAGCCAAAAUCUUUUAUUUAAACCCUUGGAGCAUUCACACUCACUUUUCUUCCUCCCUCAUUUUCUUCCUUUUCUUCUCCUUUUUGGAGUCUGUGAUGUUCCAGCACUGGACCAGGAUGUGUAAAGUUGCCAAGACCUCCCUUCCCACCCAAGACCUCUUGGUCCCUGGCAUAAUCAAAGCACGUAAGGGAGAAGGGGGGGGGGUUAGGGGGGAAGUCUGUAUUUGACUGCUAACAGAAACUGGUAUUCUUACCAAGAUAUUUAUUUAAACAAGCUUGUUCCAACCAACCAAAGAGAUGGAUGGGUGUGCAAUAGAAGCCUUCCUUAUUUGGGUUCUUGAGUUGUCGGAACAUAUAUGAUUUGUUCCUGUGGAAACAGGGGAAAAAUAAAAUUUGCUUAAGUUCAGGAGAGCCUGUGCCACCCAUUUUUACUCUAGACAUUGAUUAUAAAUUCCCAAGGAAUUGUUAACACUGUAGUGACACCUAAUGGCUUCUUUGCGAAACUCCAAGGUGGUUCGGUCCUGUGCCUUUUAAUCUGCAAACUGUGCCUUUUUGUGGCUUCCUCUUCUCAUUUCCAGAUUUGGGGGCUGACUUGAUGAAGAACAAUCAUUUUGUCCCGACCAUUCGUCGGUUACCUCCCCAAGUUCCUGAGACAAUCGUAUCUUCUGAAACUGUUAAGGGAGAGUUUUUUCAGAGUAGAACUUGAUAUAAAAAUAUACUCAAUAUUAAAAAAAAGACACUCCUUGUCUUUUUAGUUUGCAUGAACCUGUGUAGUGCAUGUUUGAGGUCUUAAGUGCCAUUAUCAUCAGACACUUUACUGUUCAGGGAAUGCUGUUAUUUUUCUUUUUAUCCUUCAAACCAAUCCUGGGUUUGAAUAUUCUCUUAGCAACCACCACCUGAAGUUUGACUACCCUGUCCCAGUUUGAUGAGGAGUUUCUAUUGCUGCAGCUUUGACUUUUCAUAUCUGAAUGCUCUUAGGAUCUAACAGUGGGUAUCUGUGAAUUCUUUUUUACUUGAAGUAGAUCGUCUGUAAAAUAGGCAUCCCCAUUUCAUAUUAUCCAGAAACCUCAGUCGUCUUCUUCUAUGCACUAUAAGUCAUGAUUUGGAAAGCUUCGUGUGCCGAAAUUUGCAGAAGUUUCUAAAAAGACUGAUUUUCGCUGUGGCCCCUGGUCCCUGUCCCCUUCCAACACUGGUUACUUAACUGCAGCAGCUUUUAAAUGUUUAAAGAAAAAGAGAGAAAUUUUUUUUUUGUCAGAUCUAGCCAAAGAAAUGUUCUGAGUUUAUUUUUUACAAAUGACUGUGUUAAAUGACCUAAGCUUUGCUGAAGUGUUAUUGAUAUUCAGUUUGUGAUGGUACAGGAAAGAGUUAAAAUACGGUGGUGGUAAUGCAGGGAAGCAUUUUAAAUUGUAAAAGUAAAAACAUUUUUUAAAGUUAUGCUAUUUAUAAUUUUGACAAGUUUAAUUUUAUUUUUAUAGGGAGAAUGCUUUUCCCUUAAAAUUGUUUCUGAAAUGGCAAAUUGUGGUUCCAUUUAUUAAAAGUUGCAAUUGUUGUA